AUGUCGCUGGAACACAGUAUUUAUAAGCAAACAAGAGAAAGACUCUGUCGCAAUCAGAGGCUUCUCACUAACUCUGUCUUCCUCGAAACGCACCGUUUCGUCUCCGCAAACCGCUUCAAUUCAACCGGCAAUAACCAGCUCUCUCAAUUCCAAUCAGAUUGCAAAACCGAAAUCUUCCUGAAAUUGAAUCACACGAGCUUCAGCUAUAACACAUUCAAACAACAUAGUUUUGUAUUAGAUGAACAACUAAAGUGUUUCAUUAAUCUGUUUCCUCUAGAAUCACCCCGCAAAUUGUUCUGCGCUGAGAUCGGAGGAUGGGGUCGGACAAGGGCUGUGCCUCUCCAAAAGCUUCAAAAGUAUAUGGUGAAGAACAAACUGAUAGUUAAAGUGGAAGUAAAAGUAGUUGAAGUAGUCGAUGAAGGAGUUGUCACUGGGAAGGAGAUGUUAGAUGUCAGAGGUUUCCAAGUUCUUUACCAUCAGGUUGUUUCGGUGGGUAGGCUUUUUAUUGAGCAUCCGGACAUUGCUUUAAACUUGAGGUUAACGAACCAAUUCCUGAAGACAACGUACAUGAAUGUCCUCCUUGGUCUUGUCGAGACGUUGAACAAGCCUCCACACGACAUCUCCGAGACUGAGCUAAGCAACGCUGGCAGCGAGUUGAUUGAUCUAACAGACGUGGGCUUCAAGCUAGACUGGUUGAAGACAAAACUUGAUGAGGUUACCUUGGAGAGGAAGAAAUCAAAUGUACAAGUCCAAGAACUCGAGGAACACAUCAAGAAUCUCACCCUUGAUCUGAACAAAGAGAAGGGAAAAGCUGAUACUUGUGCGGCUAAAGUUCUCUCGUUGGAGAAGACGGUGUCGGAUCUUGAAUAUGAGCUUAACAAGGAGAAGCUCGAAUCUGCUGCUAAAAUUCUCUCGUUGGAACAGACAGUGUCAACUCUUAAACAUAAGGAGUUUGAUCUUGAAAAGGAGCUGCAAAAAGAGAAGAACGAAUCUUAUACUUAUGCUGCUAAAGCUAAUUCAUUGGAGCAGACAAUGUGGGAUCUUAAAUAUAAGGUGUUUGAUCUCAAAGAGGAGCUGAACAAAGAGAAGCAAGAAUCUUAUUAA